AUGGGGACCAAACGCCUCAGUCUGAAUCCCUUUGACACAUUUAAUCUAUCCAAUCAAAGCGCUUCCGACCGGAACCCUCAGCCAAUCAGCCAGAUCUCCCGCGAAACAAGUCCCAGACCUGAAACUAUGGCCCUGACAGACAGAGAGAGGGAGAGGAUCAGAGAACAGGAAUGGAGGAGAGAAAGAGAAAUGGAGAGAUUGAAGGACAAAACAAGAAAUAGAAGAAAAGAGAUGGAACCUGGACCAAGAGAGAGGAACAGAGAGAAGGAUUGUGCCCCCAUAUCCAGAGGGAGGGAGGAGGAAAGGGAAUGGAGAGAGAGAGGAAGGGGGAGAGCGGGAGAGAGACGUGCCAACGGAAGACCUACUUCAAAUAUGGAGAUCGGGAACGACAGAGACAGAGAAAAGGAGAGAAAGAAAGGAGACACGUUUCCUAGAAUGACAAGAAAUAGCAACGAGAGAGACAGAAGAAUGAGUGCAUUUGUGGAGGAAGAUGUGGGGAAAGAAGGAACGAGACAAUUGGAGAGACAGAAGGGAACAGAGAUGGACGACAGGGAGAGAGAACGAAAGACAGCAGCACGGAUACAGCAGUAUCGAGACGCAGAGAGGGACUUACAAAGAUACAGAGAGAGGGAGAGAAUAAGGGCAAAGGAGGAGGGAGAGAAAAAUGGAGGGAGGCCCAUGGAUGAUAAGACAGUGAGACGGAGGGAGAGAGCGAGGGAAGCGGACCCAGAUUUCAGAGAAAGGAGGAGAGAGAGGGACUCAAAGGGCAAUGACCUAUGGAGCAAAAGAGAGAGGUAUAUGGAUGGAGAGAGAGAAAGGCCAAAACUCUGGCAGGGAGAAAGGGAAGUUAGAGGGAGAGAGGGAGAUUCACAGAACUAUUCGGAUAGAGAGGGCAGGGAUGGAAGGAGGGAAGGAAAUAGAGAGGGACAGAGGGACACCAGGAGCGAGGGAGACAGUGAUGGAGAGAAGUGGAAAGAGAGAGUGAGGGAUGACAACAGAAGAGAACUGAAACAUCCGCACAGUAAAAGUGAGGGGGACAAUGAGGGGAACGCAGCAUGGGAUAGAGUGAGGGAGAAAGAGAAGGAGAGACAGAAAUGGCGAGGGGGGGAGAUGUACAGAGAGAGGGAUGGAGGGAGAGAUGCUUAUAGACAGAGAGUGAGGGACGGGGGCAGGGACAGGGAUGGAGAGAGGGACAUGGAGAAAUACAGAGAGAGGGACAGGAGAAAAGCGAGGGAAGUGGAGAGAGAGAGGGAUGGGGUGAGAGAAGGAGGCAGGCGAGAGGACGGACCAAGGGAAAGGAGGGACCCGGAGAAAGAGAGGGAGGGAACACAGCCUAAUGUAACAGGAAAGAGAGGGAAGCGGAUGGACGGAGAGAGAUUCAGAGAGAGAGACAUAUAUUCCAAGGGGGAGGAUGAAGAGAGGAGGCGCAGGGAGAAGAGAGACCGAGAGACAGAUCCCAAAAGGGAGGGAGGAGCAGACGGAGGUAGCCGAUCGCAGAGUGAGACAGCCCCAAGGGUGCCACCACGAGUCCAGAGCAGCGGAGAAUGGAGCAGUGACAUAGAGAGCGAAAGAAACAGGAGAAGAGGAAGAAACAGUCAUGAAGAGAAAGAGUCAGAGGUAGAGAAGGAUGUGGACAGGGGGCAGAGAGAGCGUAGCGAUAGAGUGAAGGGUAGAGAAGGAAGAGAGGAGGAGACGAAGCGCCCUGAGCAGCGGAAGAUGUGGUUAGAACCACAGAGGGUCAGAUAUAACAAAGACUCCUCUGUAGAGGAUGAGGUUAUAGAGAGAGACCGAGACAGGCACAUGAACAGAUGGAGAGAGAGAAGUGAAGAAGAGGACAGAUCCGUGGAACAAAGGACAGGCGGAGAAAAAGAAAGGAAGACAGAGGGAGAUGGACAAGAGGAUAGGUCAGCGGAACAAAGAAUGUCCAUAGACGGAGAGAGAGAAACUGAGAGGGAGGGAGGGAGAGAGAGGUAUUUGGAGCGAGGGACAGGGGGAGAAACAGAGAUAGAGUUAAAUGUAGAUGAAGACGAUGAGACAGAAGCCUGGAGAAGGAGUGAUAGCAGAGGAGAGGAACACCAGACUUAUAGCGAUGGAGAGAGAGAGGAACGCUGGCAGAGGGACAGGGAGACAGAGAGAGAGAAUGUGACAGAGGGUGACAGAGAGGAAGAAGGAGGAAGUGAUAGAUAUGCACACUCCGAGCGCGAGGGAGGAAGUGAGAGAGAGUGGGAAGGAGAGAGGGGUAGAAUCCCUUCCUCUGAGGACGGCUUUUUCACUGUGUCCAGCGGUGGAGAAGAGGAGUUUGAGGACUGCAAGGAAUUCUUGGAAGUUGGGAUUGCUAAUCAUGUUGCCAGGCAACCUGUUGGCUUUCAGGGGAGCGAGGGAGAGAUGGAGAGAGGUGGACGGAGAAGACAUGAAAGAGAGAGAGAAAUAACAGAAGAACGGACAGAGCAAAAGGAAGAUGCAGUGGAGGGAGAGGUGAAUGACGGAAAGGGGAAGAAGCAACCCACCUACGUGUUCUGUGUGAUUGGACAAACACUGCCCAGGUCAAUACCCAAUCAGACCGAGGUCCUGGGUGACAUGGAAUCAGAGCCGACCAAUCAAAAUCCUGGAUAUGGUCAUAGUGACAGUGGUGACAUCACACACCUCCCUCAUGAUGACCCUUCCAGAGAUGGAGACCAAGGGGCAGAGGAUGAGAGAAAAAGAGUGAGGGAUGAGAUCCACGUGCCAAAGGUGGAGAGAACAGACACAGAAGAGAGCUCCAUAGUGGAUGUCAGUCACGCCACCCUAGAACGAGAGAGCGGAGAACGACUGAAGGUCAUGGAGGAGAACCCAUACGCUGAGAUAGACCGAAGGAGGAACUCUGAGACCGAAAAACUCCUCAAAGAGUGGAGAGAAAGACAUAAAGAGUACACAGACACAAGAGAGAGGGACCCAACAGACAGAAGGAGGACAGAACCAGAGAUGGGUCCAUCAUCACACCCCAGUGGAGAGUACCUCCAGCAUGGGAUCUCUGUAGUUGACCAAGCCACCUCUGACCAGAAUAACCCUGGAGUGAUGAGCCCAGAGGAAGCUGUGGCCAUCCAGAUCCAUAUAAGUGGAGCCUGGAGCACAGAAGAGGAGGCCAAGCGCCAUUCCCAGGCCUCACACAUGAAGUGGGCCAAUGACGUAUUGAGCGAGAUCCUUGGCUGCUCGGAGGAACACGCCCUCGGCGACCCCCAGCCAGAGUCACAGGGAGGUCAAGAGGUCAGCCAGACUGAGAGAGGGACCGAGAGGGUAGAAGAGGAGAUAGAGGAAGAAAAAGACGAGACGCCAGAGGGGGGAGGAGCAUCACCCGUCUACGCCACGGUUCAUAAGCGGACGAAGUGUGGUAGGAAGUCGGUGGAGGCGGAGCUGGCUGAGCGGGAGGCAGAGCCAGGGAAGGUGGUGGAUGAGAGAGGUACAGGGGAGAAACUAGCAGACAUGCAUGCUGAGGCUCUCAAAGCUAUGCUUGGUGAUGGCGCACCCACAGACACGCAUGCUGCUAUAACCCUAGACACUACUCAUGGUGACACACCUACAGACAGACAGGGAGAGGAGGUGGAGGGUAACAAUGUGUGUACGGAGAGACAAACAGACAGUCAUAUACAUAUCCAGGUAGAGAUGGUGACAGAGGAUGAGGGUGAGAUGGAGAAAGGGGGUGAAGUUGGGGACAAGGUUCAUAUACUGGAUGCAGAGAAAGAAGCGCAUGCCCAGAAAGAGGAAGAUCUGUUUCUCUCUGUGAGCAACACCCUGUACAAACCAACCAGCUGCCCCAGCCUUAUAUACAACCCUGACUCAGAACAACCUAUUACCACCAUAGAGGAAAAGAUGGAGGAAGAAGGGGAGAAAGCGAGGACUGUGGGAGAGGGGGAAGAGAAUAGUGUGGUAGAGGGGAAGCAGGAAAGGAGGAUAGAGGAUGGGGCCGAGGACAGGGGGAAAUUGGGAGAAGCGACUGAGGAGAGGAAACUGGAAGGGGAGGCAGAGAAGAGGGUAGGAGGGGAAGAGGAGAGGAUGGGGGAGGGCAAGGAAGAGAGUAAAACAACGGGAGGUGGGGGGGUGAAGAGCACUUGUAGUUUCCAAGAUUUGGGCACCGAUGUUCGGUAUAGGAGGCGGGGGUUCCGCAAGACAACAGAAAGAAGAAACGAGGAAGAAGAAGAAGGAGGAGGAGUUGCGAGGGAUCGCAGAACGAGAAUAUUCCAUGCGUCAGGUGAGACAGACAGAAAGAGACGGAGGAAUAAAUCAAGAGAAAAGCAACUCAAUACCUAACACAGAUUAACAUUAGAAUAACCUAAUUAUGAUCUUAAUACUCAACUAAUUUCAUGAUCUCAAAUCAUCUAAUUUUGUCAACCUAACCUAACCUUUUAGAACGCCAGACAGAAGAGUUCAUACUUUUUUAUUUGAAGACUGUUAUACAAACAAACGUUAAUUCCUAGUGAUUGAUACCCACAUGAAAAAAUACUAUAGUAUACUAUGGUAUAAAUACUAUAUUAUAAACCGGGUGGAUCGAGCCCUGAAUGCUGAUUGUCUGAAAGCCGUGGUAUAUCAGACUGUCUAACACGGGUAUGACAAAAAAUUACUUUUUACUGUUCUAAUUACAUUGGUAACGAGUUUAUAAUAGCAAUAAGGUACCUCAGGGGUUUGUGGUACAAACAAGCAAGAUUUCUGGCUCUCACAGACCUGUAACUUCUUCUUUAAGAGGCCCCUCUGUCCUCCACUCAUUACCUGUAUUAAUGGCACCUGUUUGAACUUGUUAUCAGUAUAAAAGACACCUGUCCACAACCUCAAACAGUCACACUCCAAACUCCACUAUGGCCAAGACCAAAGAGCUGUCAAAGGACACCAGAAACAAAAUUGUAGACCUGCACCAGGCUGGGAAGACUGAAUCUGCAAUAGGUAAGCAGCUUGGUUUGAAGAAAUCAACUGUGGGAGCAAUUAUUAGGAAAUGGAAGACAUACAAGACCACUGAUAAUCUCCCUCGAUCUGGGGCUCCACGCAAGAUCUCACCCCGUGGGGUCAAAAUGAUCACAAGAACGGUGAGCAAAAAUCCCAGAACCACACGGGGGGACCUAGUGAAUGACCUGCAGAGAGCUGGGACCAAAGUAACAAAGCCUACCAUCAGUAACACACUACGCUGCCAGGGACUCAAAUCCUGCAGUGUCAGACGUGUCCCCCUGCUUAAGCCAGUACAUGUCCAGGCCCGUCUGAAGUUUGCUAGAGUGCAUUUGGAUGAUCCAGAAGAGGACUGGGAGAAUGUCAUAUGGUCAGAUGAAACCAAAAUAGAACUUUUUGGUAAAAACUCAACUCGUCGUGUUUGGAGGACAAAUAAUGCUGAGUUGCAUCCAAAGAACACCAUACCUACUGUGAAGCAUGGGGGUGGAAACAUCAUGCUUUGGGGUUGUUUUUCUGCAAAGGGACCAGUACGACUGAUCCGUGUAAAGGAAAGAAUGAAUGGGGCCAUGUAUCAUGAGAUUUUGAGUGAAAACCUCCUUCCAUCAGCAAGGGCAUUGAAGAUGAAACGUGGCUGGGCCUUUCAGCAUGACAAUGAUCCCAAACACACCGCCCAGGCAACGAAGGAGUGGCUUCGUAAGAAGCAUUUCAAGGUCCUGGAGUGGCCUAGCCAGUCUCCAGAUCUCAACCCCAUAGAAAAUCUUUGGAGGGAGUUGAAAGUCUGUGUUGCCCAGCGACAGCCCCAAAACAUCACUGCUCUAGAGGAGAUCUGCAUGGAGGAAUGGGCCAAAAUACCAGCAACAGUGUGUGAAAACCUUGUGAAGACAUACAGAAAACGUUUGACCUGUGUCAUUGCCAACAAAGGGUAUAUAACAAAGUAUUGAGAAACUUUUGUUAUUGACCAAAUACUUAUUUUCCACCAUAAUUUGCAAAUAAAUUCAUUAAAAAUCCUACAAUGUGAUUUUCUGGAUUUUUUUUCCUCAUUUUGUCUGUCAUAGUUGACGUGUACCUAUGAUGAAUAUUACAUCUUUUUAAGUGGGAGAACUUGCACAAUUGGUGGCUGACUAAAUACUUUUUCCCCCCACUGUAUAUGGCCAAUAUACCACAGCUAAGGGCUGUAUCCAGGCACUCCUCGUUGCGUCCUGCAUAAGAACAGCCCUUAGCUAUGGUAUAUUAGCCAUAUACCACUCCCCCUCGGGUCUUAUUGCUUAAGUAUUCACUGUAGGGUUUUUUGCAAACUUUACUGUAGUAUUCGCUCUAGUGUUUUGCGGACUACAUGGAAUACUGUAGUAUUUACUGUAGUAUACUGUAAUAUACUGUAGUAUUUACAGUUAACUAUAGUAUAAAUACUGUAGUAAAAUAACUGUAGUAUAUAAUAAAGUAAUUAAUGGAGUGUUUUAUUUCGAAUUGUAAUAUACUGUUGUAUUUACUGUAGUGUUUUUGCUGACUAGUGUUUUUGUGGACAUUACCGUAGUAUUUACUACAGUAUUUUUCUCUGGAUAAUACUGUAGUAUUUACUAUAGUAUUCUACAGUAUACUACAACAUUCUAUAGUAAGUACUACACAUGAUCGAGGGAUACUACAGUGUGUAGUAUAGUAUUCUACAGUUUAUUACAGAAUUGUAUCGUAAGUAAUGUAGUAUUCUAUAGUAAACUGUAGUAUUUUUUCAUGUGGGAUUUCACAGAAAUCUUAAGGAGAUCCAACCUCUGAUGCUAACUAACCCAACCUUACCACAACUGUGGACUUCUGUUUUGCCGUUUAAAUUUCCUUUAAUCUUGAAUUGUGAAUUUCUCAUCAGUUCAUUAUGAGGAGACUUACAAGAAACUGCCAUCACCUGAGUCACUGACAUGAGAAGGGGGCAGGAGAAAGGGAGGAGGAAAGUGGAGUUGGGGACAGUGUGGCAAUUCCAGAAUCUCGCAAUAAAUAGGCUGGGUUAGAGUGUCUGGAACCAUUACUCAUUCUUCUUCCUUGACUCUUCUAUCUAUUCUAUCCCAGCUCUGUCUUCACUUCAGUACGUUCUGUCUAGAGAGGAGCGCAGCUAGGGGAGUUUAGCAAACAAACUAAUCCUUGUUUCUGUAACAAAACCUGCUCUGCCUGUACUGUUCUGAGCCAAAGUAUAUUACAUUAUUGGGUUAUGUUGCUCUAUCUCUCUGGACUACACUGGAACCAAUAUGUUCUGCUUCCAGUUGAUGAUGAGGAGGAGGUGAGCUUCAACUGGGGAGACGUGGACCUGAGGUGAGUAGAAGAUAGGAGGGGGAGGGAGGGGGCAUAUGUUAUGUUAGUGCACUGGGCUACCACAGUGACAUUGCAUUUUUAUUACAUUGUCAUAUUUUAUGGCCACUUGCCAUGUAUAGAGUCAGUCUGCCAUUUAACCCUAACACUAGGCUGUGUUAGUGCCUGAGUUAAAAGAGUAGAGAUAAAAUGCACCACACUACUUCUGUAGAUGAAGUGUUGACGAUUCCCUGUCCUGACUCCUGCCUCUCCCUCUGUACAGGAAUGUCACGAAUACCAUCGGAAUGGCUAGGAGGAACUCCAAAUUUUACAGUGAGUAUCUCUGCUCUACCUCUCUUUUCUCUCCUUCAUCCCUGUGGCACUCACAUGCACUUUCACACAUCCACUUCUCUGAAAUGUAUUUUAUAUGUAUUAAUAUUAGUUCAAUAGCACCUUGUAUGCUACAAUGAGCAGAGAGAGCUAGUCUGUGUUUAUGGCUAUGUGGGUAUGGAAUCUGUGAAGGCACAUUUAUUUCUAGGUUAACUACGCUCCUUGUAAUUUGAAAUGAAAAAGUCAGUAAAAUCAAACAAGAUACUUCCACAGACAGAUUUCAUCUACCAGUAAAGGUGCUGUUAAUGAAACGUGUCCACAGACAGAUUGAAUCUGGGACUAGAUAUGACUGUAUAGCAGUGUACUGUGAGUCCCUAGACAGACUUCUUCCUGUGAAUGGCUUACUCAUGUAUACAGUGCAUGCUUGAUCCCUUUCUGUAUUUUCCCAGAUUAUUUUCCAGUUCAAACAUGUUGUAGUUUUCCUCCAUGGAACCUAUAAACUGUAGGGUUUCAUUUUCAGUUCUGCUUCCAACCCAAUAAUUUAAACAUACCAAAAUUGCAGCAGGUUUGCAGGCCUAUGAGUCAAUGUGUAAUUGUAUGAAAUGGGGCAGUUGUGUGUGUGUGUGUGUGUGUGUGUGUGUGUGUGUGUGUGUGUGUGUGUGUGUGUGUGUGUGUGUGUGUGUGUGCGCACACUCCAGGGCCACAGGCAGGUUUGUACAGGUAUUCAUAUCUCUUUACUCCAAUAAAAACCAGCUGCCGCUGCUAUAACAUAACAUUCCAAGAAGUGUAUGUAGGGGGAAUGUAAAAUGUAAACCAUACACUCUGGCUAACCCACUUCUCUGUCUCUCUCUACCUUUCCCUCUCUUGAUAUUUCUCCCCUAACUCUGUUUUUCUUCUCACUGUCCUCUUACUGUCUUCCACUUUGUCCUUUGCUCUCUUUCUCUGCCACUCUCUCACUCGUCCUCUUCAUCUAUACCCAUUCUGUCCCUGUCUUAACUUUUCUCUCUCUCUUACUCUACUCAUCUCUCUCUUCCCCUCUCUUUGCCUCCCCUCCACCUCUCCUCCUUUCUCUCUCUUCCCUCUACCUCCUCUUCCCCCUACCUCCUUUCAGAUUCCCAGCUCUACCAGCAGUACAGUGAGACGGCUCAGAACAGGGAGAUCCUUAGUCAGUCUUGCUCUGACACCCUCUCCAUCUACGAGGAGCUCCCUGUCCCCCUGUCCCCCGUACCCUCCUCCCUGGCCCCCUCGCUCCCUCCUGCCCGCAGACCCUUACCCUGUCUCCCCCCAGUCAUCCACCCCCACUCUCUGUCCCACUCUGGCUCUACGUCCAGUGGCACCAGCGCCAAGUUCCUGCCCCUACCACAGCCGCCCCAGGCCCGCCCGGCCACGCCGGCCCCCCCAGCCAGGCCUUCCUCUCCCCGCCUCUCCAUCUCCCUCACCCAGUCCCCAAGCCUGUGGCAGGAGAUCCCUGAGGUCAGGAACAGUGCUAAGUUUGGGGAGCUGACUGAAGACCAGAGACGCCUGCAGGAGGUAAACAAAAACUAACACAGCAGGACAACAGUUGACCCUUCAACCAGCGAUGUCGAUGAUGACAUUUGCCAGUUGCCUAGUAGCUAAUGUUGAUUUUCUGGAGCCUGGAUCUGUGGGUUCUCGGGGUAGUUGGAACAGUGCUUGUAAUCUCCCCCUCUCCUACCACUCCUCUUUUUUUCUUCUUCCUGUCAGGUGCAGUUUGAGGUUGUAACUUCGGAAGCGUCGUACUGUCGUAGUCUGGACAUCGUGGUGGACCACUUUGUCAAGUCUAAGCAGCUCGGGGAGCUGUUGACUACUCAGGACAGGAACUGGCUGUUCUCCAGGCUGGCCGACGUCCGAGCCAUCAGCCACAGGUGAGAGGACUGGGACUUAUUUGUUUGUUCCUCAAACUAGCAAACCUACAGGCUGAAGGUCAUGGGCUCUCUCUAAGCCCCUCUUUCUCUUUUUCUGUCAACGUUUACCUCAUAGUCUUUCUCUGUAUUUGUUGUUCUCUUAGUUUUCUGUUGAAGCUGGAAGAGAGGGUGGAAUCUGAUAUGAUGCACUUCACCGUGUGCGACAUCAUCGCUCGCCACUGUCAACGCUUCAAGAAGGUCUACGUGCCCUACCUCACCAACCAAUCAUAUCAGGAUGCCACUUACCAGAGACUCAUGUGAGUCCUCCCCCACUGUUCACUGAUUGGACAGACUCUUUCUGACAGACUCUUUGUAUUACUGCACAUUUAUAUGUGUUUACGUUGACUUACAAACAGCACAUCACAUUAUUUCUCUCUCUCUCUCUCUCUCUCUCUCUUUAUCUCUCUCUCUCUCUCUCUCUAUCUGCCUUGCAGGGAUGAGAACCAAGGGUUCAGGCGGGUAGUGGAGAAGUUGGAACGCAGUGCAGUGUGUCAGCGUCUUCCUCUUCGCUCCUUCCUCAUCCUCCCCUUCCAGAGGAUCACACGAAUCAAGCUCCUUGUGCAGGUGUGUGUGUGUGACUGUUUCUGUACGUGUGUGUAUGUUUUAAGUGCACAAUCUAAGUAUGUGACUCCUUAUAAUCCUCUCUUCAACACGGUCUCAUUCUCCCCUUCUCAAUCUCUCUCAUUCCCUCCAUUUCUCUUUGUCUUUUUAUCUCAGAACAUUGUGAAGAGAACAGCCCAAGACACAGAGGAGGAGGUCCAGGCCAUCAAAGCUAUGAAGCUACUGGAGAGGGUAUGUAACCCCACCCCCCUCCCCUCCUUCUGGUGGUGCACUGUUACAUGAUGUAGCCAAGAGAUAACACACUUGUUAACCAUCUCUCUUCUCUCCCUCUGUCCUUCAGUUGAUCCAGGAGAGCAAUGAUAGUAUUACUCAGAUGAAGAGCAUUGAGUCGCUGGUCUCUCUCAGUGCCAGAGUGGACUUUGAAUGCAGGGUGAGUAAUAAACUACAUCUGCCAUGAUCCCCUGCUUUACAUGCUGUCCCUUGAACAUAUCUGUGUUGAACUGAUCACAAUAACAAGUUACAAUACAAGUACAGCAGCAAGCUUUAACCGAGUUUAACGUAUGUGUGUUGUAGACUCUCCCCCUGGUCAGUCAGUCUCGUAGGCUGGUGAGAGAGGGACCAGUGACUGAGAUGAUGGAUUUCUCUCUAAGGGAGACAGAGAGGAGUGUCUACCUGCACCUCUUCAAUGACUACCUGCUGCUGUCACUGCACAAAGAGUGAGUCCCCUCAGACAACAAUCAAAGCAAACCAAGCAUUAGGAAAUCUAGACUGAUAUCACUUUUUAUUGAUACGUUUUUCAAUGUUCUCAUCAUUGGGCAUUAUUAACUCUCCUCUCCACUCCUUUUCUCCUCCCUCGCUCUAGAGGGGGCAGGUUCACGGUGAUAGACCAUGCUCCAGUGUCAGAGCUGCGUGCUGAGAACUGUCGGGUCAAACUGCACUCUCUACAGAAGAACCUGUUCCGACUCUACCUCAACAAGAAAGCCCUGCUACUUAGCACCGACACACAGUAAGACAGAGAGGGUUGUGUGUGUGUGAGUGUGUGCCUGUGCGUGUGUUACAAAGAGUGAGAGUAAUGUAAUCCACAGGUGUGUCUAAAAAGUGUGUUUUCUUGUGAUCUUUCAGAGGUGACAAACUGCGUUGGAUCUCAGCUGUCUCCAGGCCCCAUCCUGUUAUUGACUACUCUGCAGCACAAGGUGGGUAAAAAUGGCUAUAUUGCCAUCCAGCCUAGCAUGGCCAGACAGUAGUGAUAUCUUGACCCUCAUGACCCUGCUGUAUUUGACCUCUGACCCUCUCUCCCACUCACAGACUUCACACAGAUGCAGUGCAUCCGAGCCUUCGUUGCCCACCAAUCAGACGAGCUGUCCCUGGAGAAAGCUGAGGUCAUUCUGGUCCACCAGCAGAGCAGCGACGGUAAGGAGGACAGAACCACCCACUCCCUGAUUGGUUGUGGGAAUACACAACAUCUCCAUACCUCAGUGUUUUUGUGUGCUGAAAAUGUGUUACUUUUUUAGUUGCUUUUUCUUAAAACUCUUUCCCUUCUCUCCCUCCUCUUUCCUCUCCCCCUCUUUCUCCCCGUUUCCCUCUCUCGCUCUCCCUCUCUAUCUCAAUCUAUAUCUCUCGCUCUCUCUCUCUCUCUCUCUCUCUCUCUCUCUCUCUGUCGUUCCUCAGGUUGGGUGGAGGGGACCAGGCUGUCAGACAGACACAGAGGAUGGACUCCUGAGUCCCAUUUGGAAACCAUAGCCAGCCUCAGGGUCCGACAGCGCAACCUGCUGGAUGCUCUCAAAAUUACCACAGCCACGGCUGCAAUAUGACCAACCAACCACUGCCUGACUGCACUGGGGGAAUCCCAGUCACUGUGUAUCAAUGGAGUGGAGUUACUGUGGUCCUGUGGAUUUGGACAGUGGAUGAAACAUAGUGUUUCAGACUGGAGUUGUCCCUCCCGGCCUCACCCUGCUUAUUGGGGAUGAACGGCAAGGGGAUGAAUGGCUUUAGAGGGGGUGCCUUAGACGGGGGUGCCUUAGAGAGAGGCACUGGACUGACAUGAAUACCUGUAACACUUACAGGAGUGCCAACGUAAAUAGUUGGAAGGCUUUUGGAGGUGCCUGGGAGUGUCUAGGGUAGCCUUGUAAAUCAAACCCUGGCAAUGAUAGUCGAUGGACUGCUACAGGCUGUAUUGGAAAUCAGCCAUCUAUGACUGUAAAUACAUGGUACGAUACACCAUGUCAGUGGACGGGAGUGUUUUGCAAUAGAGGUUAUAUUAAAGGGAAAUUUGUCUUUAAAUAAAAUGUUUCUAUAUAUUCAGGUCAAUUUAUUAUUUGUGUUUAUUACAAAGAUUUUCAUAAAUUACUUUUAUGGUGGGUACUUAUUGGAUGACGACUCAAACUGAAUUAUUCCACUGCUCUAUGUUCGCUACAUACUU